AUGGUUCGCAGUGGGAAAAACCGUGGACUCCACCUGAAACAGAUUGCAUACUACAAGAGAACAGGGGAAUAUCAUCCCACAACAUUACCAAGUGAAAGAAGUGGAAUCAGGAGAGCAGCCAAAAAAUUUGUUUUCAAAGAAAAUAAAUUGUUCUAUGUUGGAAAAGAUGGAAAGCAAAUGCGCAUGGUAGUUGUUUCAGAUGAAGAGAAGAAAAAGGUGCUUGAGAAAUGCCAUGAAAAUGCUGCUGGCACUCAUCAUGGUAUAACAAGGACGCUGACUUUAGUGGAGUCUAAUUACUACUGGACCUCUGUAACAAAUGAUGUCAAGCAGUGGGUGUAUGCUUGCCGGCACUGCCAAGAGGCAAAAAACACAACAACCACAGUGCCCAAACUACACCCUAUCAAAGCAGAGGACCCAUGGACAGCAGUCACUAUAGACCUAAUGGGACCUUUCACUGUUACUAACAGAAGUCACAAAUACAUCAUAAUUAUGACAGAUCUGCUUACAAGAUGGACUGUUAUCUUACCACUGCAUGACACUUCAGCAGCUGAAAUUGCUAAGGCAAUCAUAAAUGUAUUUUUCUUGUAUGGACCACCUCAAAAAAUGCCUACUGAUCAAGGGAAGGAGCUUGUUUAUCAGAUAAAUGAAGAACUGUUUGCACUGUUUGGAAUGAAACAAAUUGUGUUGUCUUAUCCUCAGACAGAUGAUAUAAAUGAAAGAAUGUCCAAGACAAUCAAAGCUUUCCUUAACAAGUACUGCAUUGACCAUGCAAAUGAUUGGGAUGAACAUUUGUCUGCUAUUGCCUAUGCUUUCAAUUUGACAAAUUUGGAGCCAGAUCAAGCCACACCGUAUUUCCAGAUGUUUAAUCGUAGCCCACAUGUUGUUGAGCCAAUGAAUCUAUGUGCGGAAGGGGGAUACAGUAUAUUUGCUGAAAUACUUGAAGCAACCAAAAACAUGAGUCAAGCACUGGAAGAAGAGAAAACCUCAGAUUGCCAGGUGGAGAAAAACACUUCAGAUGAAGAAAAGAUCAGAAACAAAAUCACAGCCAAAAGGAAGCCAAAACAAUUAAAUACAAUUCAACUUAAAGUUGGUCAUGAAGUGCUCAGGCAGAGAAAAAACUGGUGGAAAGAUGGUCAUUUCCAGUCGGAAUGGGUUGGUCCUUGUAUUAUAGAUUAUAUCACAGAUAAUGGUUGUGCAAUAUUAAGAGAUGCCACAGGAUCCAGGUUGAAAAGACCCAUCAAGAUGUCUCACCUCAAGCCAUACAUAAGGGAGUCCAGUGAAAAAGACAACCAUUACUGUCUACAAGGUCCAGUAGUUGUUGACCAUGACUAUAUUGGCUUAUCUGAAAGAUCCAAUAAUUCAAACCAAGAAGACUCUAUUGCUGGAGAAGAAAUAAAUACCUCCUCAAGAGAUGUCAUGUCUGCUGUACAGAUUCCACCGGCAGCCUGCAAAGACCAAGAAUCAAAACACGAGUCUGAGCUGAGAGAAGAUCAUAGCAUUGAAUCAAACACUGCAAAGCCAGAGCAAUGGUCUUCACCUUGUUGGACACUUCAGACCAAGAUGGAGGAUACUUAA